ACGACUUCACGCAGAGCUUUGGAGACUGGAGUCGGCGGAGUCGUUCGUCGCUGGAGUCGACGGAGUUGGAGUCGCUGCUUCACUGCUUCCGGUUCGCCGCCUUACCGCCGUAACCCCCUCAGCCCUCAGUCGCCGCCCGCCGGUCAGCAGGAAUGCCGGCAGUGCCUCUGGUCUCCUCUCAGUAUUCAUCAGUUCGAAACUAAUUCACUCCGUCUCUCUCCGCCUCUCUCCGCCAACGCCACACCGCCCAGCCGCGAUAGCCGGUCGUCGCUCCGCCGUUUCUCCGCCUCCGCCGUAGUCGCUCGCCGCUCCGCCACACACAGACGCACUGCCCAGCCUCCCCGCCGUCCGCUGCUCCCCCGACCGCCGUCCACCUCUUCGCCGCUGUUGAAGGUACCAAUGAAUUACUUUUCGUCUAGUUACAAAAAGGAGAAUGAAAUUCUCCUGAAGGAGAAUGAAAUUCUCCGGAAGGAGCUUGAAGAGUGUAUGGAGAAGCUCAGAAUUGCCAAUUUUGAAAGUAAAGACUCUGAAGACAGUAAGGAAAAGCUAAUGAGGUAUACACGUGAAUUGGAUAGCAUGGAUACUCAAAAGAUUGUUAAGGUUGAAGCAGCUAAUGUGCUUCUCAAUCUGAAAAUUGAUUGGAUGACCAAAGAAGAAGAUAGACGAAAAGAUAUAGUUAGGCAGCACACAGACUCUAUUAUGAAGCUAAAACACACCAUUGGGCGGCAAGAAAACACCAUUGGGCGGCAAGAAAACAUCAUUGGGCGGCAAGAAGACACUAUUAGGCGGCAAGGUAAGAUUUGGACUGAGUUGAAGACUCAGCUGGAAAUUAGAAACAAAGAAGUUGACGUAACUGUUGCAAAAGGGUUAAGUAGUCUUUUAAGUGAGUAGUCUCAAUUUUAUCUGUUGGUUGGUAGUGUCUAGUUUGUAUCAGUUUUAUCAUUGAAUUGAGGCUUGCAGUGUCUUUCUAGUUGCUACCAACACAUUUUGACUUUUCGGCUUAUAAAAUUUUGUUGCAUCUGUCGACUGGCAAUGGCAAUUUUGCUUGCCAAAUACUCUGUACUCCUAAUAUGAUAGAUAUUUUCGCUUGUCAUCC